AUGACAGAGGAAAAACACGUUUUAUCCAUACGGCUGUCUCGACCUUUUUAUUCUGAAAAUGAAAUUACUCGAAUAAUGCAGUCUCGCGAUCCAAAAGAAAAUGGGUUCAAAAUGCAAGCUUUCAACUGGAUCUCAGAAAUGAGCAGGAGUCUAAAGUUUCCAGUACGCACCAGUGGUCUUGCUAUGCUUUUGAUCAGUCGAAUUCAGUUAUUUUAUUCCCUGGCAGAACUUCCGCUCAUUGAAUGUGCUACCGCUUGCUUAUUUGUCGCUUGUAAAGUAGAAGAUACAGCGAAAAAGCUUCGUGAAAUAUUACUCAUUCACUUUCAGCACAAACACCCUGGUUUAGAUGCUGAUACUCAUGCCCAGAUCAUUGAUGAAGUUAAACGGAAGGUAUUGGGUUUAGAAAGAAUGAUCCUGGAGCUACUGUGUUUUGAUUUUCGUGUUCGCGAUCCUCAUACUUAUGUGAUCAAAUUUGCUAAAUCAUUGAAUUUCACACCCAACACAAUUACUGUCGCUUGGAAUAUAUGUACAGAUGCGUAUCGAACGUUUGCACCACUCAAAUACCCUGUUUCUGUCAUUGCGAUUGCUGCUCUUUCCAUCACGUGUAAGCUUCAAAAACUUUCCCAGCCCAUCAUCCCUAGAAAUUUUUGUGCUCCUACAUUGCUUACUGAGGGGGCCAUUGCUGACCUACUUGACCUCUAUAUGCACUUUCAACCUUAUACAAUACUUGGCCAAAUGUAUCCAACGGACUUACUAUUAGGAUUAUGCGUAGACUUCCAAAGAGCCCAGAGGAAUUCAUCGAGACCACCCAAAGCUACAAAAAUAGAAGUAAAUGUUCCAUCUAUAGCGGACCUAUAUACCCAAUCGAACGCCCAACUUUCGUCUUCCAAACAGGGAUGUACUCGAUUCUUGCUCGACUGUGAUAGGAAGUACUUUGAGCGAGAAUACAAGAUUCGCGUAGCCCAAGAUGGACAAACUUGA